AUGUCUGUGAAAGAGUGUUGUUGUGAUAAACUGUCGCCUAACAAAAAAUCGAUUUUUGGAUUGAGAAUGCGGAGCCAAAUACUGUAUUUACUGUUGGGUUCUUGUUUAUUGGCCGUGGCUUCCGCCGCUGAGCCCGAGGGAACUUGUGCAAAUGUGAAAACCAUCUUCGAAAAGAAUGGAAUGUUGACGGCGGUAGACCUACAAGCACAGCCGAACUCAGAUGCAGAUCAGCUAUGCACAAAUCGCGGGUGUUGCGGUGCAGGCGCACGGACGCGACUCACACAGGCUGCGCGCACGCAGCUCGAGUCCGCGUUGUGGAGCGAGCUCAGCAAGUUAGCUGACACACUGACUAACAGAGCUAUCAAAUUUGAUGAAUUCUUCAGGCGGUUGUUAAAGCAAUCACGAGAGGAGUUCCACAUGAUGUUCAAGAGAACGUACGGCAUGAUCUACGAGCAACACUCCUAUGUCUUCGAGCAACUUUUUGAACAGCUUGAAAGGUACUACACCCGAGGAGAUACGAACUUCGACGUGAUGAUGGACGGGUUCUUCAGCAUACUCUACAACAAGAUGUUCACCGUUCUCAACUCACAGUACGAUUUUGACGAGAAGUAUUUGAAAUGCGUGAACGAACAUAUGCGAGAUAUCCAACCAUUCGAAGACGUUCCCAAGAAGCUAUCAGUACAGCUGCGAAGAGCUGUCGUCGCCACGCGCACCUUCCACAAGGCGUUGAGAGCCGGCGCUGAUGUUGUGAGGGGUAUGAUGCAGGUGCCAGUAACAUCCGAGUGCGUGACGUCAUGGGCGCGGCUCCGGUACUGCGGCGGGUGCGCCGGGUAUCAGCAACCCGCCUGCACGCGCUACUGUCACAACGUCAUCCGCGGCUGUCUGCCCGCACACGCCGAUCUCGGAGACCAGUGGGAUGCCUAUGUCGACGCCGUAGAUAAAGUGGCCGACCGUUUGCUUGGUCCAUUUAACAUCGCUAUGGUGGUCGAGCCCAUAGACAUAAAGAUAUCCGAAGCGAUCAUGAGCUUCCAGGAGCACAACAGGGAGAUAUCGCAAAAAAUAUUCACGGGGUGUGGGAAACCCGUCCUGGGCGGCGGUGGUGGUGCUGGACCGUUCUUUGCACCAGGGAAGACGAAACGAUCCAUACGAGCCAUACCUGACUUCGACUGGCCACAAAGAGUCGAUGACGUUGACGAUUUCGAAAUAGAAGCUUCAUUUGAGAGCAUUGUGAACGAGGAUCCGUCAUUAGCAAGCUUACGGACUCCUGAAGGUAUUCGAAAGGCUACGGAGGAGAUGGCGGAACAAGCGAAGUCUCGAGAGAGGUUCUUACAGUACAUGAGGGGUAAUAUCGACCUUGAGGAGUAUGAGGAACAUGAGAGGAAGCGUCGGGACGCCGACCCGGAGCCCGCCGCCGCUGGAAACAUGGAUAUCGAUUUCAAGUCGUACGAUUUCGAUGAGAAGAAGGGACCUAAGAAGAAGAAGCCUUCGGCUAAAAGCGAAGAGAGUCGCGGAUCAGAUUGGGGUGGACCCGCGCUAGAGAAGCUUGUCCGUGAGACUCGGGUGCGCAUGCGCAACACGCGUCGCUACUGGAACCAUCUCCCCGCACUACUCUGCACCUCCACCAGUGUUACCAGCUCACCUUGCUUCAAUGGAACUGAUGUUGCCAGCUACACUCUAAACGCAGCCAGUGAAGGUACAGCGGGUUUAGCUAGCAACCCCGAAGUGCGAGGUGUUGCCAGCCCUAUUGCGGUCGCUAGUGUUGCCACGCAAGGAGAUUCUCUACGGACUUUAACCGCUCGACUUAAGGACGCUUACAAUGGAGUCGAAGUUCAGUGGCUUGAUACCGAUGGCAAAGACUUACAAGUGGCCAACUCUUUCGGUCGCGAGAUCUUGGAGGACGUGGAGUCUGGCUCCGGGUCCGGGGACUGGGGCACCAGCGACGGACUGCCUGAUGAUGACGAGGACAGGCUUAAUGGAUACGAUACUGGUUCAGGCGACAGUCCACCUGACGCGGAAGACGAGCAAACCGAACGCGAACCCGAAGUGAUGUCACCACAACCUCGACCAGUGACAGAAGCACCGAUCAUACCAUCCAUCAUAGACUCGCCUGCCACGAACAACGUCAAUGUACGCGGCCGAGUCGGACCAGACACGGACGUGGGUAUAGUUAUACCACCUCAAACUGACACGGGCGACACUCCAGAGAUCCCUGAUACAUCUGAUAGAGACAGCGAAGUGCCUCGUCCUCCUCCUCAAGAUAUACCUACAAGGGAACAACCAGUCGCCGGCGCCGCAGACAGCCCGGCCUUACAACGAGCACUCAUCACCUACGCACUGCCCGUCGUCUGCGCUUGGUUCGGUACCAUAGUCACCGACCUCUUCUAAAGUCUCUUCUAGUAAUGAACGUGUAUAGGAAUCGUGUGGUUUGUAUAUAGCCUAGUCAGUGAGCGACCCAGGGAAGCUACAGCGCACUCGCGCUACUGUGAUAUUGUGGACUCGGCAAGUUACGGAACGUUACAACACGGACAAUGACAUUCAACAAAUUUAUACACAGUGCGUUGUGUAGUGAAUUAAUUUAUUUUUGUUUCAAAUAAUUCCGUUACAUUUCCGUACAACCCUUUUGAAAAGUGAACGACAAUAAAUGGGGAGUAUUUUUUUAAUCUGGCAAUUAAAUAAAAUAUUAUGGCAUUAUAUAUUUUUAAUUUAGCUAAAAUUGAAAUCAGCCAAAUUAUGUAUUUAUUAAAUGAUCUUUUUUCGUGUAAAUAAAGUGUAAAUUAUACCGCGGUAGAUAGUGAAUGUAUGUUUUAUUUUACUAGUAUAUAAGUAUGUCUGUACGAUGCUGUAUAGUCUGUGGCUUGGCGCCAAAAUUAAUUGCUGUAAAAUUUUGUUUUAACGAAUUUUACAACCCUAUUAUUUUCACUUUUUAAUUAUUUAUUCAUCAAUGAAGUUCACAUAACUAAACUAAAUUGAAUUUAAAAAAAUCGAAUUUGAAAUUUCUUUAAAUAUAUAUAUUUCGGCACAUAUAUCAUAUAUUUUGGCACUUAAACCACAGACUAUAAAAAACUAAAAAAAACAUGUCUAAAAAUGUACAUAAAACUUAGUCAUAAUUUGUAUAAGUAAGUUUAUAGACUGAUUUGCUUUCGAUUUAUAUUUUACACGCAAAUUAUAAUAAUAUUAUUUCAUUCGGACUAAGAUAAAUACUAAUCAUUUAACCGACUGAUAUAAUGAUUAUUUCGAUUUUAUUAUUACAUAAUAUGUAUUCAUAUUUUAAUUUUAAUAAUAAUAUUUUUUCGUUAAAAUAUUUAUCUACGAUUUUGGCUUCAGCUUUACUUUGCUAGUAUAGAAUUUAAUUUGCAAUUUCGUGUCGCAGGCAAAGUUAUAAUUAAGGGAAAUGGUUAAGCGGCUGACAGAUUGCAAAUUGAAUAUUUUUUACACGUAGAUAAGUGACACCAGUGUAUAAUAUUCUAAGUGUUAUUUCUUUUUAUACGUAAUGUGGCGUCGUGUAUGUAAACAUGUCAUAUAAGUCGCAGCUUAAGAGAUACAUUCAUAAUUCCCUAUAAUUGAUAUUUUUGUUAAAAUUUUCUUCUUAAACACUUGGAAUUGAUGUUUUGGAUGUAGCUGUUGGAUAAAAAUCUAAGUCAUUUUGUCUGUUUGGUACAUUUUAGUAUAAGACAGCUGCGACAAUAACACGCACAAUUAUUUUUAAUAUUGGAACAAGCAGAGGAAGGUACUGUGUAGCAAAUAAUCAAAUAGAAAGUGUACAAUUUUACACGUUUUCAACUAAUUUGAAAUAAUAAAAAAUAUAUUUUUAAAAUGUAAUUUCGUUUUUGAUUUGGCGAUUAUCAUUCACACCUUCCUUUGUGCUUUUGAUGAAGUUUGACUUCAACCCGUAGACGAGUAGAACGUUUGAUUUUAAAGUAAUUGUCGGCAAGAGGAUGCGCGCAUUUACCGAGCAUAUAGUAUUGCUAAGAAACAAUUCAAUAGAAAAUUUAUGCAAUACGAAUUUUAUACCCUUAACUAUAAAGUACAUAAUAAAAGAACAUCAUAAAUCGUAUACCAAGAGUACGGGGACCAAGCUAUAUGGUAUCGCUAUGUGCCAUCUAUUUAAGAAUUAUUUACCGCACAAAUCGAAUGUACACCACACUAAACGGCCCGUGUUUUAUUUAUAUUUAUAUGUACGUAUUUCAGUGACUUCUGAGACGCAGUUUGAAUAUUUUAUAUAGAACAAUAAUGUACUUAUUUGUACCAGGAAUAAAAUAUUCUAUUAAAAGUUGUUUUCAAUUUAAUUCCCGAACUAUAAACUAAACUAAGUCGAAUAAUUUUACUUUUAAGCAUAAUCAGUUAGUUAGAUCAGUCAUGGCAAUUUUCGCUUUAUUUUUAAUCUAUUUAAAAUACUGGAACUGUCGGUCUCAAUAAUGUAAAUAAUCAUAUUUAACAUUUAUUAGAUAAUGGAAUCUUUAAAGACCUUUUGCUCAGUUUGCCUCAUUGGCGGUUGAAUGCACACGCAUCGCUACGAUCAAUAGAAAGUGAUAUUAACGGAUUCUUAAUACGGUAAUAUAAUGCAAAUGUACAUUCGUAGGCCAGAAGUGAAGAACUGAUAUAUUAAACAAGGGUUUAUAGCGACCGGAAAGCGUAAACUUCAGUUUGUAUCAACCGCCAGUGUAGCAGACCGUACUAAACGUUGCUAGAAAGUUGUAGUUUUUUUAUACGGUGUAAUGAAAUAUUGUGUAACAGGGUACCGAUAUGAAUAAUUGCAUGUAUCUAAUAAACGUAUAAAGAACUCAUUAUGAACUGCGAUUUUAUGUAUUAAUCAAUGCUACUAACGAUUAUUUCCGCGGACAUGAUUGGCCGUGUGUGAAAACGAAUGUCAAGAAAAAAGUCGAACGAAAAACUGAAUUGAAUUCACAGACAGGUACGAUUUGUAACAAAAACGUCAUGAAAAAUGUAAGCACAUCGAUAUGAUUGUGUAAAAGCAAAAGUAAAGUAAUUAUUGUUUUAUCCAAUAAAAUUAGCGGAAUGAGGAAUGGUUUUAUUAUUAGUUAUUACAUCGUAUUUAUUUAUUAUCCGUAUAGUAAUUCUACUUCCGUUCUAGACAUUUCACGAAAAUACCAUUUGUUUGAAGUGUCUGUUACAAUGGUACAUAAUUAUACAUAAACACAAAAACCAUGUCUGGCUUUAGCGUUUGGAACACAUUUUAAUUAUUUAAAACAAUGUAAAUUGCGAAAGUUUCAUAACUGUCGUUGUUAUUUAUAAUACCUACAUUUGAGCGCCAUCAGGAUUACUUUCAAAGACGUGCACAUCUUAUCAAAUAAAGUUUAUCAAGGAGAUCUUUCAAGAUUUCUAUUAAAAACCAGCCCAAUCCUAAAGUAUGUAGCGGAGAACCUAGCGGGUUACCGGGGCUCCGGCUCGGAACGCAGGAGAACGGGGUGGUUUUUAGUAAGAGUC